UCGCGGAAACGGUGUUCAGGGGUUUCUUGGCCACAAGUACGUAUAGCAGGUUUCACGACUCGUGUGAUAACAGCAACGUCGUAGUCCUCCUAAAAUUAUCCUAAGAAAACGAACAACUCAAGGCAGACAAUACAUCAGAGCAGUUACAGCCAUAAGUAUAUCUAUUAUUAUUAACUGUGUAAACACAGACAUAUUUUUGUUCUGUGUGAGCAUUGAAGGCUUUAGUCACUCCAGUUUUAUUUAUGUCACAUUUUAUCUGGUGCGGUUUGUUGCAGCUGUUUUGAGUUCUUUUCUGACUUUAUAGUGUGCUCAUCCUGACUGAUUGGGAAGUUCUGUUUACUUUUAGCAAUGUCAGGCUGCCCAACAACCCAUUUAACUUUACCGCAGUGGGACGGGGGUUCUAGGAAAAUUCGCUUUAUCUACUUGGUAAAUUUAACAUCAUUCAGACUUACAAAAUGUCCCAACCAGGGUCCAGUGAUUCCACUCUAUUUGGGAGCUGAUCUCCUCUCCAAUACUGACAUCCGGACAGAGAACCAUCCCAGGUGCCAUGCUAAGUUUGCCAAGAAAGGACUUGCCACAAAGAUCAAUUUAUCCUCAGCAUUUAGAUUCCAGGGCUUAAAGGUACCUGCUGCAAGUAACAGCCUGUGGUUUUACAGCAUUCAAGGACUUUUUCGAGUGGCCUUUGAAAUGUAUAGUAAACAAGAGCAGUUGGUAGUGCUGGAAAACCUCCAGGAUAUUUGGAAAUCACAGAUCAAUGACAGCCCACUGAAAAUGAAUUACAACCUCAGUGUGCAGCUUGAUGUUAUGGUUUCCACCAGCAUUUCUUUUACACAAUCAAAAAGUGAAACAUCUCAGCCUCAUUCCUGUCAGGUUGUUGGGGAACUAAUGGAUGUGUGUAGCAGUGAUAAAGCUGAUACGUCAGCAGACCAUGAUUAUUGUUCUUUCCCUAAGCGUAGCUUGCAAACUGAAGAAAGCGAACCAAUUGUGUUCACACUGAGAGAAAAGUUGCACAGCUUGGAUGAUCAGCUCUCCUCCCAACCACAUAGAUGCACCGCACGACUGGAGACCAUCUUACUUAUUUUGGAGAAUAUUGAUCGGUACAUGAAUGACAAUUUAGAGGAAAAGGAUGCAGCAGAAACUGUGUUAGCUUUGUUAAUGGCUAAAGACUGGGCGAAAGACUCAGUAUAUUCAAGUUACCUGCUUACUUGCAUGGGACGUUGGCUUGGCCAGCAGUUUCAUGCAGCCAACAGCACCAUCAGCCAGAAAGUAGAGUGCUUUAAAGUUCAGCACAUUGAGCAAAUUAGUGAUUUGCCCCCUGCCGAGGAACUGGCCACUGAACUUUUCCCUGAAGCCAUGCAAACACUGCUGCUUCAUUGGAUGGGCUUGUGUGAGGAGUCCACGUUGGACAAGAGACACAGUGAAUACCCAAUUCUUCUCCUUAUCCUUGAGUUUGCAAACCAUAACCUCAUCACUGGUGUGGCACAUGUGCUGUACUCCAGUCUUAUAUGUAAGUGAGUGGAUUAUCAUACAGGUACCUUUUUAGGAUCUUUUUUUUCAUUCAAGGUUUGGCAACUCAGCAUAAAUAUAGUCUAAUUCAGUAUAACCAAAUUUAUUUUCAAAAUUUUUCCCUCCUUUCCUUUUUGCCUACAUUUUAUUAAAAUACUGAGAACACACUUAGUAAAUAAAAAAAAAUAUAUCUUGUUCAAACAACCUUUUUGUUGAAAUCUUUGAUUUGUAUUUUUGACUUAACUUUUAUUGGCAUUUGCUUUACUUAUUUUAUGUACAGCUGUUUGUCUGCAAAAAGCACUUAAUAAACUUUAUAUUUUUAAGACUGUCAAUGACUUUAAUUU